UCAAGGCUGCAAUGGUGAAAUAAGCACGCGUCGUCAAGGACAGAGUUUUUGUUGCACAACUCAGAGAACACCGUGCUCCGAGAACAUAUAUUUUUUUUGCGUCUUUCUCUCUCUCAGAUUCGAUUUCUGAAUUUAUCAACUUCGGGAAAACCUUUGGAAAUUAUGUUUCGAGCGGCGCUGAUCCAACCGGCAAGAUGAUGAUUUUACCAAGGAGAGGGUUACGUUGUGUAGCUGAAUCGGUGGUCCUGGUGCUUUUCUUGGUCUCCUCACAUUUUGGAACCGUUUUAGCGAAGGAUACCGCCUUCGUGGAAGUUGUGCUAUUUGAGUCAAGUCCAAAUGGUGAUUACACUACUUACACGACAGGUUUGCAAGGACGAUUCUCCAAAGCUGGAGCCACAAUCAGCGCGGAGGGGGAGAUCGUUCAAAUGCACCCGUUGGGAUUAUGUAACAACAACGAUGAAGAGGACCUGUAUGAGUACGGCUGGGUCGGGGUGGUUAAACUGGAACAGCCAGAGCUGGAUCCCAGCUGUCUCACCGUUCUGGGAAAGGCGAAACGUGCUGUUCAGAGAGGUGCGACAGCGGUCAUCUUUGAUGUGACAGAAAACCCAGAUGCUAUUGAUCAAUUAAAUCAGGUCUCUGAGGACCCCCUUAAGAGGCCGGUGGUCUACGUGAAGGGUGCUGAUGCUGUUAAGCUGAUGAACAUCGUCAACAAGCAGAAAGUGGCGCGGGCCAGAAUCCAGCACAGGCCACCGAGGCAGCCUACGGAGUAUUUCGACAUGGGGAUCUUCCUCGCCUUCUUUGUGGUCGUGUCUCUGGUCUGCCUCAUCCUCCUCAUCAAAAUCAAGCUGAAACAGCGAAGGAGCCAGAGCUCCAUGAACAGAAUGGCCAUCCAGGCCCUGGAGAAGAUGGAGACUCGAAAGUUCAAGGCAAAGGCCAAAGGUCAGCGGGAGAGUAGCUGUGGGGCCUCCGACUCCCUCAGCAGCAGCUCCACGUCCGACUGCGCCAUCUGCCUGGAGAAGUACAUCGACGGUGAGGAGCUGCGAGUUAUCCCUUGUGCGCAUCGUUUCCAUAAGAAAUGUGUGGAUCCCUGGCUCUUGCAACACCACACGUGCCCACACUGCAGACACAACAUUAUUGAGCAAAAGAAGGGAAAUCCAGGACCGGUCUGCAUGGAACCAGGUAACCCAGUCCAUGCCCGUCAGCAGAGGGUGGUCCUCCCUGUUCACUACCCUGGACGGGUACACCGUGCUGGGCAAGUCACCGCCUACCCCACCCGCACCAGCAUGGACCCCCAUGGGAACCCCAUCACGGUUCUGACUGUGGACCAGCAUCCCGAGCAAGGCAUCUACCCCUCCCAGUCCUCCGCCUUCAUCCGGGGAUACCCUGCCCUUCACCUGGACCACGCCCUAAACCCUCACCACUGCGGGCUGGAGCACCGCAUGUCCGCGUACCCCCAGCCACACGGCUUCAAACGGCCCAAGUUUCGGAACAUCUCACGCACUGCCUGCUUUUCCCAAUACGAGACCAUGUACCAACAUUACUACUUCCAGGGCCUGAGUUUCCCACAGCCUGAAGGCCAGCCAGGUAACGUACCUCACAAGGGCCAUGGUCGAGCCUUCCAGCAGGGUCUACUCUACCCGUCUGUGGUCCACAUGGCCCCGGCCACCUCGUCCCGCUUGGGUGACGCUGGUAGUACCUCAGGGCUAAGCUGUUACCAUGGCCACCGUUCCGUGUGCAGCGGUUACCUGGCCGACUGCCCCGGCAGCGAUAGCAGCAGCAGCAGCUCUGGACAGUGCCACUGCUCGUCCAGCGACUCCAUGCUGGACUGUACGGAGGUCAGCAACCAGGGCGUCUACGGUAGUUGCUCCACCUUCCGCAGCUCUCUCAGCAGCGACUACGAUCCGUAUGUGUACCGCAGCAAGAGUCCGUGCCGCGGUUUGGCUGGAGAUGCAACUCCAGGUUGUUCUGCUGCUGCUGCUGCCGCCGCCGCCGCCACUGCCUCAGCUGAGGACUCACCAGCUCCGGCAGGGUCGGACUGCCUGCAGCCUCCCAGCGGGGGUGCUUGUUUUGGCUCCGGGGACCAGCUGUCUAACUGCAGCAUGGAGCCCAACUGUAGCAGUCACUCUUCACUGGAACCCAGGGAAAUUAUGACCACUACCUCAGCCGGGCCCCUAGAGGGCGCCAUGGCAGAUCGCAGUACAGCACCAGAGGAGGGAGGCGAUCUGGGCGCAGCCUGUAGCUGCUGCUUCGAGGUCCUCCCUCCUAAUUUGGAGCGUAAAGGGGCGGACUUGGAGCAGCCAGGGCACUGCUCCCAGGGGGUGGAGUCACAACACAACCCCGUCUCCUCGCGGAACUUUUACAGCGUUAGCAUGGAACGUUUGGUACCAGCAGAGCAUGUUAGUUACGAAGGACUACCCUGCUGCUUCUACAAGGAGAUGAAGAUGCAGCGGGCGGGUAACGGCGGGGGCCGCUACGGGGAGGACUGUGCCAUUAACGUGCAGUACGCACAGACGGACAGCGACGGCUGCCCCUCGCAGGCAUGCUGUGACCUGGGCCAGCGGAUACCCAUCAUCCCCGAGGACAUGGACUGUGAGCUAGGCCUGAGCCCUGAGCCGCAGGUUAGCUUACUCCCCGCCAGGCUAGCAGUAGAGAAUGAGGAGGGAACUGCUGAUUCUGUGGAACAUAACAAUGCUUACUUCUCCUCAGGACAGUACAGAGGUCAAACAUACACUCAAGAGGAGGAGGCUAGGGCUCUCUUUCAUCACUCCCCAUGCUCCGAUUUGCUGGAAGCGCAGGGAAACGGUAAAGCUACAGGCGAAGGGUCUAAGCUAUGAAGUAAUGUCCCAAACGUGGCUCUUCGCCAGUCAGAUUUAAAGUGUGGUUGCCUUGUAAGCAUUUGCUCUCUGAUUGCGGAAUGUCCUAGGCGGAAAUGCUGUACGGUUUUAGCCUGAUUUUUUUUGGGGGG